UUUAAUUUGUAUUUCAAUUACUAUUCUGGAGGAAAUGCCAAAAUGAUCUAGUUUGAUUAGUUUCGUUCUUCUGUUAUUUUGAUAUAUUUUGAGAGCAUGGAUCGCCGGAAGUUGCAAAUGUAAACAGAAGGAUUUUUAGAAGGAGAGUGUGUCACGUCGUUUUUAUCAAAUGGUGCUCCCCAGAUAGAAAAUUUAAGGUUAUACAUUAUGAAAAGGAAUAAUUUAAUGGCCAAAUGGAGACAACAUGAUGCAGAGUCUAAUUACACUGACCAUGACAGAAGAUCAAAGACCAGCUCACCUCACUCAGCUGAUGGAAGAACUAAGACCUUCAUACCCCAAAGAGCUGAGGGAAGGCCACAUAUGGAGGAGAAAGGCCAACCAAAGAAACUGAAGACAAGCAGAAAGGAGAGGAAACCUGGAAACUUAAGUCAGCAAAACAAGACAACUGGGAACAACUGUGGCCAAGCAGAUACAUUGGAUAUACCAGGGUUUUACUUUGAUGCAGAGAAGAAAAAGUACUUCCGCAUACAGCCCAACCACAACAGUAGCAGCAGCAGCACUGUUACAAGGGAGACAAUCCAAAGGCGAGAGAAGGAACAGCUUAGAUUAAAGGAAUUAUCUGGCCCAGAAACAUGUAGAAAACUUACACAGUCAACCAAUCAUACUUCAGGUUCAAAAAGUUCUAGUGAUCUACCUCAUCUGUUAAAUAGUAUAUGUACUGGUGCUAUGUCAAAACAUCGAUUUGAUAACUUGUUUGCUUUUAAAAGAAUUUCUAACAUAGAUUUAACUCAUUCAGGAUGUCGAAGACUUAUAAGCCAGAUUCAACCGACUUAUAGUAAACUUGAACAUAUGCAUAAAAUGGAGGUUAGUGAAAAUGCAGAUUGUAUUCUUGGACUGUGGAGCAAACAGGAAAUUAGUAGUUAUAGUAUUCAGCUGAUAGACUUAAAGCGAGACAAGCGGACCAAUGUUCGGAGUCGUUUGUGUGUCAACAUGGAGUCUCCAGAAUUUUCUGCUUUAGUCAUCUGGAACAAGGUGACUGAUGUUUGUUGGGCUGACCUGAAACGUAACUAUGGCAACAAUAAUGGCAGACAUGUUCUAUUUACGACUAUGUCCUUGACCUGUGCUGGUGAUGACAUGAGUAUGGCCAGGAUACGUCAGUUUCCGCAGACUUUUGACCGAGCCCAUGACCUUGAGUUUAGUUUGGGUCACAAAUGUACAUGGACCUGUGCCUGGAAUACACACGGACAGAACUUCAGUGUAGGGAGUGAGAAGUGUGGUCUACUACUUGAUGUGGAAACAAGACGACUCUGGGAGCUGAACACCAAUAAUGGUGAUCCCCUGGCUCAGAUAUUUGACACAAAGACUCGCUACUGCCUGUACACAGGGACACGGAAGAACCAGAUUCUAACCCAUGACCUACGUAGUAUUUCCAGCCGGCCUACUGCAAGUAUGAGCCAGUCCUGUAGUGUCUGUAGUCUACGACUGUUCCAGGAUAAUACAAAGCUACUGGCCAGCGAUGUCAGGGGCAAAGUGUGUCUAUGGGACUUGCGAAUGAGAAAAGUUGUCCAGCAGUACACUGGGUUGAAAAACCAGUAUCGGUGUAUACCAAUACACGUGGAUGAUCAGGAACGCAUUGUGUAUGGUGCCGACUCGGAAGGAUACACUCGGUUCUGGUGUCUUCAGACAGGGGCUUUACUGAGAACAAUACCUCCGCCCUCGUCUCUCGCACAGGAUUUUAUACCUUCAGUGGCCUACUCAGAUAGAUGGUCAGGAGAGGAGGGCAACGCUGGCCUGCUGAUGGGACUAGGUGACAAGUUCUACCUGUACCCAAGCAUGAGCACAGAUGACAUCACUGAGUCGCCAGAAUCUGUCAAUGUCUCCACGCCCAUCUAUUUCUGAGCAAAAGGAUUUCUAUCUGGGAUAGCAUCUCUUACAUAAAACAAGGAAUUUACCAAACACGAGAAAGACGAGGAAUGUACUUGAAAGUCAUAACCUGACAAGGGAAAUAACUCUUAAGCCAGAAAAUAACACCUGAGUAGCUUUCCUUUAUUGUGAUCCAGAAGGUUGUACCGCUCGGACCAGAGAUGUUCGUUUGUGAUCUGAUGCUGCUUUCAUUAACCUUUGCAAGUCUGCCAGGAUUUAAACCCGAAAAUAUUACAUUUAUAAACAGACAAACUGACUAUUCCACAUAAUCGAACAGGCCCCUGUUGUUGCUUAAUUUCCUACAUAUAAGGGAGCAUACUCAAUGUGCAAAAAGAAAGCUGUGAAAGGGCUUCUUCUUUUUUAUUAUAGCUGAUGCAGGGGUAAGCUUUACCUAUAGUGGGAAGUCAUGUAAACACAAAAUUCAACAUAGAUGAUAUGUGCUUGACUAUUUCAUGAGCAUCAACUGUAAGUGUAUUUGUAGCUUGUUCUAGUGACUUCAAAACUUCAAACACAAAUCAAACUUUCAUUAUUUACAGAAACUUCUGAACUUAUAAUGGCAUGAAUGGUAUGGAGAAUAAUAACUUAUGAUGCAGGGGAACCUGUAUAAACAUUCAACUUUAAUUUAAAGCCAGUUUGACACAGUAGGU